AUACUAGGGAACCUUCAACCCCAAUUCCCCAAAACCCUCUGUGACCAUUAUUAUAUCAAUCGCCUCGCCGCGUCUUCCUUUUGUUUGCUACCUACGAGUACGACUAUGGCGCCCAACAAGAUCAUCCUAAAGAGCUCCGACGGUGAAAUCUUCGAGGUAGAUGAAGCCGUAGCUGUUGAGUCCCAGACGAUUAAGCACAUGAUCGAGGACGACUGCGCCAGUAACGGAAUCCCGCUUCCCAAUGUAACCGGAGCCACCUUGGCUAAGGUUAUUGAGUACUGUAAGAAGCACGUCGAGGCCGCCGCUGAGGCUGACGGUGCUGACAAGGAUUUUUGUGGUAAAACUGAGAACAGUGAGCUUAAUACUUGGGAUACCGAAUUCGUCAAAGUCGAUCAGCCUACACUCUUUGAUCUCAUCCUGGCUGCUAACUAUCUGAACAUCGGUGGACUUCUUGACCUAACGUGCAAGGCCGUGGCUGAUCAGAUGAGAGGCAAAACUCCAGACGAGAUGCGUGCUCACUUCAACAUCAAGAACGAUUACACAAAGGAGGAAGAAGAGGAGGUUCGCAAUGAGAACAAGUGGGCGUUCGAGUAGUGGAUCCGGUGUUGGGUGUUUCUCUAGGACAACCUAGUCUUUUUAGUCUUCUUCUUUCUUAAAUAUUUUGGAUUUUUAUUUCUUUCUUUUUGGUUUGGACUUGUCUUUAGAAUUCAACCGAAUGCUUUGUUCUUCUACUAACAAGAACCUUUUGGUUUCUCUCCUCCAAUGGUGUCUUUGGUUUUAUUCAAAGAAAUUGUGUGUUUCUCUUUAGAUUUUA